UCCGGUGACGGCCGGUUUAGUGACGGUGGAUUUUCGACGCCAGUCAGAGUGUAGUUUUUAUUUCAUUAUCUCACAGGAUAGUAAUUAUAAAAUCCGUGGCAGUUAUGAAAGUGGUGCAAAGUUUUUCGCUGGUUGGCGUCCUGGCGCUUUACGGUCUAGUGACCGCCAAUGCUGAUGAGCAGCAGACUAAAAUAGUUGGAGGUGAAAUGGCAAAAGAGUCGGUUCCAUACCAGAUUUCACUGCAGGUGCUGAUAAAUUCGUUCUACGGACUUGGCCCGCGAACUUGGACUCACAACUGUGGAGGUUCGAUCAUCGCUCCGUACUACGUCGUUUCGGCAGCACACUGUUUAAAUGGUAUCGAGGCUCCACGGAUGUCGAUCAUAUACGGGACAAAGGAUCUGCGCAACGAUGGUAGUAAGGGAACUCGAACCCUGGUAAAAUCGUACAAGAUUCAUCCGGAUUAUGUGGAACUGGAUCGGUGCGAUAUCGGCCUCAUUCGGGUGGUGGAUCAAUUCGUUUACAGUGCAAACGUGAAGCCGAUUAAGUAUUCCGCUGAUCCAGUUGCUGGCGGAGUUCCUUGUUCGCUGACCGGUUGGGGUUACACAAUUCCCAUACGCAUCGGAAGGACACCGAAGGAUUUGCAGCGAGCUGAGCUUACCACAAUUACGAACGAAGAGUGCAAGAGUCGAGGUUUUCCAGUGAAUCCGACUGAGAUCUGCACGUUCACCCGGUUCGGACAGGGAGCAUGUGGGGUAAGUUGA